AAAAUAAAAAAUAAAAAACAAAUUCAAGUAGUUGGCAACUUUGUUCAUUUCUUAACCAAGAACCAAUAAUGGUGUCCGCGUGGACCCACCAAGAAUAAACUCGCAAAUCCCAAUAUUACUCUCGACAAAGACUUUGCUUGUAGGGUCGUCGUCUCCGCCUUUCAGAUCGAGAAAUUUCGUCGAAGCAUCAUAUAUAGUUUCAUCAACGCAGAGUGUCGACGCGCUAUAAACACGCAGGAGAUCGAGUAAAUUCAUGCGCAUUUCUCGUUUACUUAAUUUGAUCGGUUAUAUAACUUUGAGGUUGAAGAGGUAAUUAAGAAGCUUGAAAAUGGCGGAGGCGGCAGUGACGUUCCUGCUGGAGAACGUGCAGAAGCUGCUGGUGGAGCAGAUGCAUCUGAUAUCGGGGGCGGAGAAGGAGCUGAAGCAGCUGCAGUGCGAGCUGGAGCUGAUGAACGCGUUCCUGAUGGAGUACGCCGACAAGCGGGAGAAGGGGCAGGUGUUCAUCCAGUUCGAGCGCCAGAUCAGGGAGGCCGUGUACGAGGCCGAGGACACCCUCGACGCCUGCCUCACCCACAAGGCCAGGGCGGCCGGCGCCGGCAUCCUCAGCAUCAAGCAUCUUGACUUGGCCAAGAAGGUGAAGGAGCUCCGCCUGCAGCUCCAGCCCAUAUUCGACCGAGCCAUCAAGGGCUUGAACGCGCUGCCCUUCGCCCAUCCAUCCGCUGCAACCCUCGGAACAUUCGACGACAAUAAAUUCAAAAAGACACAGUUGUUGAGGGAAGACAAUGUAGUGGGCUUCGCAGACGAGGAAGCCACUCUCAUCAAAUACUUGAACGAAAAAACAGAGCAACUCGACGUCAUCUCCAUCGUCGGCAUGCCCGGCCUCGGCAAGACCACUCUCGCCUGGAAAAUCUACCGAGACCCCAAGAUCCAAUUCGAGUUCCCCACCCUGAUUUGGGUGUACGUCUCUCAGGAGCUGAACGAGAGAGAGGUGUUCCUCACCAUCCUCAAGAAGUUCACCCGCGACGACAUGUCCGGCAAGGAUGAUUCGGAGCUGAAGCAGCUCGUCCGCUACCAUCUCAACAAGGGAAGAUUCUUGUUGUUCAUGGAUGACGUGUGGACCGUCGAAGACUGGACACGAAUCGAAGCUGCACUGCCGAAGAAAAACAAGUUAGGUAAGGUGUUGAUAACGACCCGUCAUAUGGGAGUAGCGACGCAUACGAACUGCAUCAGGGAGCCCCACCAGCUGCGGUUCUUGACCUUCGAGGAGAGCUGGGAGCUGCUGCAGUUGGAGGUGUUUGGUAAGAACAAUGCUAGUCCCAAGGAGUUGGAGGGGCUGGGAAUGCAGAUAGCCAAGCAGUGUGGGGGAGUGCCUCUAGCAGUGGUGGUGAUAGGAGGAACUCUUGUUGAAAAACGUGGGGUUAAAAGAGAUUGGGAGAUCAUCUCGGAUAGUGUAAGUAGCUAUGUGCAGGAUGAUAAACGCACCGAAAGCAUCAUCUCUCUCAGCUACAACAAACUGCCUCAUCACCUGAGGGAUUGCUUCCUCUAUCUCGGGAUGUUUCCCGAGGAUACAGAGAUCAACGCGUGGAAGCUCACGCGCCUGUGGAUCGCGGAGGGAUUCAUACAGCAGAAGCGUGGGCGGAGCCUGGAGGAGGUCGCCGAGGACAACCUCGACGACCUCGUCGCCAGGAACUUGGUCAUGGUCGAGAGGGCCAAGGCCAACGGCGACGUCAAGACGUGCCGCGUCCACGACAUGAUCCGGGAGUUCUGCCAGAACGAGGCGUCGUUCGCGAACAAGAACCUGUUCCAGGAGGUGAGGAAGACGCGCCACGGCGUGUUCGACCCGGCCAUCACGGAGAUCGUCAAGCGCCGCCGCCUCUGCAUCCACUCCAACGUGACGGAGUUCCUCCGCAAGAAGCCCAAGGGCCCCGGUGUCCGCUCGUUUGUCUGUUUCUCCAAGGAAACGAUCGCCCUCCCGCCGGAGUACACCCCGUCGAUCCCCGACGCCUUCGAUUUGCUCCGCGUUGUCGACGCCACUCCGCUCAAAUUCACCAAAUUCCCCCCGAAGCUCACCAAGCUGAUUCAUCUGAGGUACAUCGCUCUCUCGGGGAACGAAUUCAAGGCUCUGCCCGAGGCAGUGUCGAAGCUCUGGAACCUCCAGACAGUGAAAAUCGACACUGCCUCGCGCGAGUUCGAGAUCAAAGUGGACAUCUCGAAGAUGAUGCAGCUGAGGCAUCUGAAGACGAAGGCGAUGAUCAAGCUCAAGGAGGUGAGAGGCGGCGGCGGGGAGAAUCUGCAGACGCUGAGCAGGUUAAAGGCGGAGUGCUGCAAAGAGGAGCUCUUCAACAGGGCCUCGAACCUCAAGAACCUCGGGAUUCGAGGGAACCUAACGGCUCUCGUCGACGCAACCUACUUGGGGAAACUGGAGCGUCUCGAGAAGCUGAAGCUGGUGCACGACGUGUUCCCCUCCACGGCCGACAACGCGCUGCAUCGCGUGCCUCAUGCGCAUAGCUUCCCGCCGAAUCUGAGGAUGCUGACGCUCUCCUCCACCUACUUGGGUUGGGCGCAGAUGACUACGCUGGGAGACCUGCGCUUUCUGCAGGUGCUGAAGCUCAAGGAGAUGGCGUUCAAGGGGACGCUGUGGGAAGCUCAGGGCGGCGGCUUCCCGCAGCUGGAGACGCUGUACAUUGAGCGCACUGUGUUGGAGAUAUGGACGGCGGCUUCGGCUGAGCCGUUCCCGAAGCUCAAGAAUCUGAUACUCAAGAACUGCGAGCCGCUUCAAGAGAUCCCGUCUGCAGUGGGGAAGGGGGAAAGCCUUCAGCUCGUGGAUAUUGAACGUGUGUCGCAGACACUGGUUCAAUCAGCAAAGAAAAUCGAGGUUGAGAAACAACAAAUCCAAUUGCAAGGUGGGGAAGUAAGAGGUAGAAAGGGUGGAUUUAAGCUCAAAAUUUCUCCAGGGGAUGCAUCAUCAACCAAAAACUAAUCCAAUGGGGUAUAAAAAAUGAAGGUAAAAGCAGAGAACAAAUAAUCAAUUUGCCUGGAGUUACAGGCUAAGCUCUCUCCUGGAACAGAGUGACUAAAAUGCUGCCAUUUUUAUUGUCUUCGUUUUUUUCUUCAGUUGUUUUGGUGUGUUGUUAAAACUCUUCCUUGCAAGUGGCAAUCUAUGUUUAUUUUCUUGUC